AUGUCGGCAUCGAUACCCCGGUCAGAGCACGACCGCACGGUCGCGCAUGUGAACAAGGACCACGCCGAGGAUCUGUCUCUGUACCUGCGACACUUCAACGGCUCGUCAAUACAAGACGCCGCCGACGCCGAGCUCGUGUCGAUGGACCUGGAGCGUAUGCUCAUACGUGCGGGACCCUCGCGCGCACUACACAAGGUCUCUUACUCACCACCCCUGACCAAUUGGGCAGACAGACGUGCCGUCCUGGUCGAAAUGUCACGCUCCGCCCGCGACGCUUCCUCCUCUGGAGGCAGCAGCAGCAGCAGCAGCCACCUCCCAGACCCCGACCUGUCCCACGCAGACCCGGCGUCCCUGAUCCGCAGGCCCGCCCUCGUCCCGGACAUGGUGGUCGACGGGCUCAUCAUCUUCUUCGUCGCCAGCGCCGCCGUCUGCCACCUGGGCUACAUCGAGCCCGGCACCAGCCUCUGGUCCAAUCCGCUGUUGGCCCUGUUCCCCGGCGGGCCGGGCAACUUUGCACGCAUCAUGAAGACCUACGUGCCGCCGGCCGCCGGCCUCCACGUCGCAGAGGCGGCUUUCAUGGUCACCAGGCUGCGCAAGUACGGCAUUCCAUUGCUGUCCUCGGCCGGACUGUUUUGGACAUUUUCCGUCCUUAUCGAGGGCGUCUUUGGCUUCAUGAGGUUCAACAAGAUGAUCAAGGACAAGAGGAUAGAGGCCGCUGGGAAGGCUGGGAAGAAGAAAUGA